CCAAGUACCUUAUGAAUGACAUUACUCGCUGCUCGCAUGAUUACUCAACAACAGUAAAGAUUCUGGGACAGGAACUCAUCGGCGAGAUCGGAAAUAACCAAGCAAGCCAACCUUGCUUCCUUAACAAACAGCUGCUGCUGCUGCUACCACCACCACUACUACUACAGUCGAAGGGGCUGAACCUGAGAUAUGGUUAUAGCUGUGGUGGCAUUGAUUUUUGGGGUCUUAUUGGGAGUUUUUAUUUUGAUUCCAAGAAACCGUAAAUCUGCUCAAACAGAAAAGGCUUAUUCGAAUGAGAACAGAAUUAAGGCAUCCAAGACUUUCAGUAAAGCUGAAGUCUCUCUGCAUAACAAGAGAACUGAUUGUUGGAUCAUUAUUAAGGACAAGGUGUAUGAUGUUACCUCAUAUGUAGAAGAACACCCAGGUGGGGAUGCCAUCCUAGCACAUGCUGGAGAUGAUUCAACUGAAGGGUUUUUUGGGCCGCAACAUGCUACACGAGUGUUUGACAUGAUCGGUGACUUCUACAUUGCUGAUCUUAAGCAGUAACAUUUGUUGCAGAUUUUAGUUUGUAAAAUUAUCCAGAGAAGUGUGCUUCAAAAACAUUAUUUUAGCCAUUCAUGUCACAUUGGUUUGUAUCAUUCUGACUUUUACAAUCGGUGCUUUUUUAGAGACCA